UUGCGCAGCGCCGCAUGAAAUCGCGCACACCGUUCUCUCUUCAGAGCAGGAAUCAAAACAACAGAGGGACACGCCUUCUUCAUGGUGUACCUCUGCUGUCAACACUGCCUGCACGAUCCGGAGGUGGAUGAUGAUGGUCGAACCGUAACAUCUGCAUCACCUGUGCGUUAACAUUCGCGUUGCGUUCGUCAACUAACUUACCGUUGAUAUGACAUCCGCAGAAACGCUCGGCGGCCGCUGACAGACCGCGUUCACAUCCAUUAUGCCCAACCAGAAGAGCAACAAGGGGAAGAGAAAUAAACGCACGAACAGUAGCGGAGACGAGCAAGAAAAUGGAGCCUCCGCGGUCUCGGCAGGACCUGCCUCCGUGUUGACCGGGGCCACGGCGGGUCCGCCGAGCGACAACAGAAGCGAAGCCCCGUGUGCCACCCCACUGGUGUGCAGUUUAGGUCGUCCCAUUGACCUUGAGAAGGACGACUACCAGCGGGUGGUGUGCAACAGUGAACUCUGCCCCUAUGGCAACUGGAUGCACCUGCAGUGUUUCUACGAGUGGGAGAGCAGCAUUCUAGUGCAGUUCAACUGCAUCGGCCGAGCCCGCAGCUGGAACGAGAAGCAGUGCCGACAGAACAUGUGGACCAAAAAAGGCUACGAUCUGGCCUUCCGCUUCUGCUCCUGCCGCUGUGGCCAAGGACACCUGAAAAAAGACACGGACUGGUACCAGGUAAAACGCAUGCAUGAUGAGCGGAAGAAAAAGAUGCCGGAGAAGGGAAGCGGGAAGCUCAGCCUCGGCGCCUCCGCAGGUGGUGCCUGCGGGGGUGAACCUUCCGAUGAGCCCAAGAAAGGCAAAUCAUCCGGCAGCCAUAAACUGGCUCACCGUGGCUCUUGUCAGGAGUUGCCUCGCAGGCAGUCGGUGGAUUGGCAGGGUGCUCAGGAGAGAGGCCACGGGAUUCCUCCCAGUGCUGGUAGUGCGUGUUCGCACGGUCUCCGGUCCCCGUGCGAGUCCCCUGCUCAGUCCCCUACAUCCGGCUUCUCCUUCUCACCCCAGUCUUUCGGCGUGCCACGCACCUCCAUGCACCUGGGAGAGUUUCUGAAGAAUGCCGUACAUACGGAUAGCCAAAGGAAGCAUUUUCUGCCCGGAAACAUGGUGGCACGCGGAGCUCACCUGGAGCAGGGGGCUGCCGGCAUGUGCCUGCCUCGCCUCUCUCCGGGAGACAACCCCGUGCAGUUUCUGCGGAGGCUGGAUCUCUCCGAGCUGCUCACGCACAUUCCUCGACACAAGCUCAACACCUACCACGUGCGGAUGGAAGACGAUGCCCAAGCCGGCCAAGGAGAGGAUCUUCGGAAGUUCAUCCUCUCGGCUCUCAGCGCGAGUCACCGUAAUGUGGUGAACUGUGCCCUUUGCCAUCACACUCUGCCCAUUUUUGAACAGUUUCCUUUAGUGGACGGGACACUGUUUCUGAGCCCUUCUCGCCAUGAUGAGAUUGAGUAUGACGUGCCAUGCCAUUUACAAGGGAGGCUGAUGCAUCUUUAUGCCAUCUGUGUCGACUGCCUCGAAGGAGUGCACAAAAUCGUGUGUAUUAAAUGCAAAUCCAGGUGGGAUGGAAGCUGGCACCAGCUGGGCACCAUGUACACAUACGACAUACUGGCUGCAUCACCAUGCUGCCAGGCCCGGCUAAACUGCAAGCAUUGUGGGAAACCGGUCAUAGAUGUACGUGUUGGCAUGCAGUAUUUCUCUGAAUACAGCAAUGUACAGCAGUGUCCGCACUGCGGCAAUCUGGACUAUCACUUUGUAAAGCCAUUCUCCUCCUUUAAAGUACUCGAAGCUUAUUGACAAAAGUUGCAAUUGCAUGUUAGUACUUUUCUCUGUUUUUUUCUAUUCAUAGAAUAACUUUUUUGAGCUCUUGUUGAAACUUUGUGUGGGUUUAGUUCUGUUUAGGACAAAAUAGAACGAAUCAAAGAAAACGCAAUGUUAGGACGUCAUCUUUUAUUAAGAGAAAGAAGGCGUGCUUUGCCAUCCCUGAAAUGUUUGAGCUUACAUUUAAAAUAAAGCAACAACAAAACUGUGACAAGUGAAUGUAUCUCUGUAUGCCAAAUUUGCUCUUUUGUACAAAAACUAAGAAAACAAUAAAAUAUAUAAAAGGAUA